AUGUGUGAUGAUGUGGAACCUAAUUUUGACGCUAUGAAUGACGGAGUUGAACCUGUUAUGAUUGAUUUGAUUGAUGUGUUUACUACCGGCAUGAUGUUCGAUACACGAGAUGAAUUAUUGAAAUGGGCUAGAAAUGUUGGAAGGGAAAAUGGAAUUGUUGUUGUGAUUUUUAGAUCUGAAACUGCGACAGCACGACAAAGAACAAAGACAAAAUUAAUUCUUGGUUGUGAAAGAAGUGGUAAAUAUAGACCUUGGAAGAAUCCUAAUCUUACCAGGAGUACUUGGACUAGAAAAUGUGAUUGUCCAUUUAGAUUGAGAGGAACACGAUCAAGUGUUGGUGAUGGAUGGUAUUUGCAUGUAAUAUGUGGUCUCCAUAACCACGAAUUGGCCAAAAAACUAACCGGUCACUCUUUCUUAGGCCGAUUGUCUCAAGAUGAGAAAAAUGUACUUGGUGAUAUGACAAAGAACUUUGUAAAACCAAAAAACAUUUUAAUGACAUUGAGGGAUCAUAACGUUGAAAGUUUGACGACAAUAAAACAAGUUUACAAUGCACGUCAAGCAUAUCGUACAUCACUUAGAGGUAAUAGAACAGAAAUGCAACAUCUUUUGACAUUGAUGAAACGCGACAAAUAUGUUUAUCAAUAUAAGAAGGUAGAUGGUUCAGAUGAGUUGAGGGACAUAUUUUGGACCCAUCCAGACGCUAUCACUCUUGUGAAUAAUUUUCACAUAAUAUUGAUUAUGGAUAGCACUUACAAGACCUGUAGGUAUCGAAUGCCAUUACUUGAGAUUAUUGGUGUUACAUCUACUGAAAUGACAUUUUGUGUGGGAUUUGCAUAUCUACAGUCUGAGCGUGUUGAUAACUUCACAUGGGCACUACAAAUGGUGAAAGAACAGAUUACAAGUGGUGAAGUUGAAGUCAUCGUUACUGAUAGAGACCUUGCUUUGAUGAACGCAGUUGAAAAUGUUUUUCCAAAAGCAGUGAAUUUAUUAUGCUUGUUUCAUAUAUGCAAGAAUGUCAAAGUCAAGUGCAAGAUGAUCGUGUUUCCAAAAAAGAAGCAAGUGCAAAUAAUGGAGGCAUGGGAGGCUCUUCUGCAAUUUGUAUUGCUCGACGCUGAUGUAGCUAAAUAUCACUAG